UGGACGAACUGAAAUGAAGACUGGCUUGUCGACGUCGGAUACUCCAGACUCUUCAAUACGAAGUGAUGAUGACGAUGGAGAUGCGAAAUUGCUCAUCGAAAUCGUGAAGAAGAGAGACAUCGAAAAGUUUGAAACUUUUGAAAGGAAAUUUUCGACAGCAGAAGCAAAGAUGUUUUCUUCCGAAAGCAUUCUUCAUAUUGUGGCUGUGUUUGGCUCAUCAGAAAUGAUAGAAUGUAUGAAGAAAUGGAAGGGCAUCGAAUGGGAUGAAGAAAGAGAGAUCCACGAACACAUAUUCGGUGAAGCGUUGAAGGGAUUAACAGUCAGUAAUGCCACGGCGUUGUAUUUGGCGACUUUUUUGGAGAGAACGGAGAUGGUACGCUCGCUCAUCAAAUAUUCUGGAGAAGACAACAUUAGAUGCUGCUUUCGGAGCUUACACCUCAGUGACGAAAUGGAAGAGAUAUACAUGUUGGAUCAAGCCGAAAAAUUGAAAACAAAAUUUUCUAAACCUCGACCCACCGUCAUUCCAGGACAUCGCGUGGGAAAAGAUGGAAAACGCACUCGGGCUUUCAUUGUAUAUUCAAUACAUGAAAAUGAGGCUUCAAGCUAUGAACUUAGUGAUGGCCUCGGUUUAGUUAUGGUUCGAAAUCCGUACAUUUAUAAGAAAGAGGGGGGAUGCAGCGAAGAUGGAAGGAAGACGGUUUCAUCUAAAGACACAAAACGAGCUGAAAAGGCUCUAUCACUUCAUCAGAAGACUCUUUGGGCGAACCAUAGUAACUUAAACAUUAUAAACGUCAGUCCUGUGAUAUACCGGAACAACGGAGACGACAUCAUCGAAAAGCCAUGCAUCGCACUAUACUGUAGUACAAAGGGCGUAGUGCCACUCGGGGAACCAGAGUUCCCUAAACAGUUAGAGUUAGAAGACGGUGAUUUUAUUGAUGUUGAUGUACACGAAGGUUAUUUCAAACGAGGCAGAUAUAAUUCGCGGCCAAGUGAUCAAUUUCAUUCAACUCUCAAAAUGGGUUGUGAUAUCGGAAGAUCAACUCCUGAAUAUGAUGCACGAGGGAAUCCCCUUCAGUUACUUGGAGGCACACAUGGUCCGUUUGUGAAGUUUAAUAACAAUAUUGGAUUUCUUACCUGCGCACACGUGUUGUUUGAUAUUCCAGUUACAACAAAAUGUGUAGAUUAUACACACACCGGUAACAACACAGUUGAAGUCGUACAACCUUCAGUUGGUUCAACGGUUUUUGCAGGUUCUCCAUGUGGACAUGUACAUAGAGCUAUUUUCAAUCCGCAGCUGGAUCCAAGCGUUGAUGUCGCUGUUGUAGAGCUCACUGAUCCGAGUAGAAUACCAACUGCAGGCCAAUUUGCCAAUGCGAAACACAGUAGUUACAAAAAUGCAGGGUUUGACCAACUUCCUGAGUAUAACAGUGGAUCCAUCCAAGAAGACUUAACACAUGUCGGUACAGCACGCAUUGUGUUUAAAUUUGGAAGUUCUAGUGACGUCACAAAAGGAACACUAGAUGUGUGUGGAACUCACGUAAGACCACCGACCACGGCACUCGGCUUACCUAGAUGUACGGAGAAGGUCGAAAUGCAAAACCAGUAUCAAGUGAGUGGUGCCCAUCCAACAAUGACGUUUUUCACAGAGGGCGACUCCGGUUCACAGGUGUUUAUGAAGUCUGACACGGGUGAAUUAGUAUUAAUAGGAAUGGCUAUCGGACAUGCGUAUGUAGGUACCCACCCAUUUCCAUUAGCAGUUGUUACGCCUAUCGGUGCAAUAUUGAAAACUUUAGGCACACAGUACUCAAUAGCAUCGUUUCCAUAGUAACAAAUCAACAGUUAUUAUCGCUGUAGAAUGUUGAGAUUUUCCUAACUGAAUCUUUCUACACUACAUCACAGCAUUGAGUUGGGUUCCGUCCGUUAAACGUCAUUUAUAAAUGACUUAACGAGACAACGAUGUACAAAUUGUUUUUAAAAAGAUAAAAGAUAACAGCCCAACGAAAGACUAUAUACCAUAGCUAUUUUUGUGACAAUAUUAUAUUUCUAACAGAUGUUUCCGUUCACUCCUCGCUAUUACUUUGGUAUUUGUUGACCGAGUUACUUUGUUGCAAGUAUUUAUUCUGGACAUUUUUUUUGUGUAUUUUAGUGAUUAACAUUUUGUUAUAUUAUUCAAGGUCACGGGGUCAAAACGUUCAAUGUAAGCUUCAGGCUACUGAUGAACAUUUUGUAACGACAAGUGGAAGCAAAAUUGUAUAAAAGUCCGUAUUAGUCAAUUCACCAAAGAUCAAGUUCAUUUGAUCAUAAUUGUUUGUUUGGUUUUCCGCCCUGUGGAUUAUUUUCAGGGUUAUUUACAGACAGUGUCUACUUGUAGUAGAUAGUGGCUUCCUCACUAAAUAACAUACGAGAGACCUGUUGGCUGCCAUACAGAACAAUGAGGGUAACGUGUCGUUCUAAUUCAUACCUACAAAGUGUAUUUUGCUUCCUUGCGAUUGUUUUUGAAGUCCAAAUAUCAAGCGUCAAUGUUGGAUAUAUGAGCAGUUGUCUUCUUUGUAUUGAUGGGAGAUAAAUUUUCCCACAGGACGGGGCCCCUGCUCACCUGUUCUAACUAGUAUGAUGAUAACCUUCGUGUUUAAGACUAACCGGACAGCCGACGGAUGACAGGAAGGAAAAAUAUAUUGAUGAUAAAUAUCUGAAAUCUUUAAUUAUCUACAUCCAGUAUGUAUAUCCAUAUAUAUGUUUUAUAUGACUGAAUUGAUAAUACUGCACAAUUCGUUACAUAAAUGAUUAUUUUGAUUGCAUUAUAUACAUUGACACCAGAGAAACUAUUGACCAGUUAUAACGGUAAUUAUUAAUUGAUGUGUUUGUACGCUCAAAGCGUUAUUCUUCCAAAAAAUGUGUUAAUGAUAUGAUGACAUGACAAUCCGUUUUAAUUGUAAGAAUUUUGUUUUAUUAAUAUUCACAAGUAAAUUAACUUAAGUGGAAAUAUAUCAAUGUUUGUUUUAUCACGAAUGUAUGAUAAUUAAUAUCAUUAACAAAGGAAUGCGGAUGUAAUGAUAUCAUGAUACGUUUUAUUGAUAAGAUAUUCACAAUGUAUUAAAAAUAACAUGUUAUUGAACAAAUAUAUGUAUAUAUUCAGAAUGCUUUGUAGUUUGAUAACUGGUAUAAUUGCAUCUUUUUCUUAUCAUUAAGUAUCUAUGUGUGUCUACACAUCGUAAUGGAAACGAAAUCAACAUUUUAACUUAUAAUUGAUCAAUAAAGCCACAGUACGAACGAAAUAAAAACUCUGCAUGAAUAGUGUAAGACCCUUGAAAAAAACACAUUCAGAAUAAUAACCGUGUUCUGUGUUCAGGACUAGUAUGAAACAAGCAUUAAAUAUAUCUUACGCCCUAUCGGAAGGAUAUCGUGGUGAUCGUAUAUCGUACAGCUCGAAGGGAAGGUACUAUAUAAAGUAAAAUGAAAAGCGAACUAUUUAGGAACUAAUAUGAUCACUCUUAUACUUCUCAGCUCUGAGUUGUUCCCGUCAUUUUCUUCAUAAGUCAACGUAAAGAGUUGUAUUGUAUUGUCCCGACUUUUAUACUUUUCCCUGUCCGUUAAUAUUCCCAAAGCAUAGAUACACUCAAGUGUGUAGCAUGUAAUACAUUGUAUAUCUGAAUAAUACAUUUCACUUUUUUUAUCUAUUCCGAUAGGCUCUUCGAAGUAACCUCCCUCGUAUGAAAACAAAUAAGUUGGCCAACAGACAUGUUCAGUUUGUUUCCAUUCAAUCUCAUGACUUCAUCCAUCCGGACACUAGUUGUGUGUUAAAUGGAAUACGUCGCUCUUGUACAGUUCACAGAUAUGAACUUCCCCAUGUAGCUCUUGUACAGUUCACAGAUAUGAACUUCCCCAUGAAGCUCUUGUACAGUUCACAGAUAUGAACUUCCCCAUGUAGCUCUUGUACAGUUCACAUAUAUGAACUUCCCCAUGUAGCUCUUGUACAGUUCACACAUAUGAACUUCCUCAGGUAGCUCUUGUACAGUUCACAUAUAUGAAAUUCCCCAGGUAGAUCUUGCGCAGAAACUUGAGGCUGAGAAUGACUGAGAAGUAGUCGAUAAUGUCCUUAGCUGUUGAUAGGACGUUAAACAAUUAAAACCAAAUCAAACCUCCUCUGCAGGUACGGCGUUAGAAUUGUACCUGCUGCCCCCAUUGCAUAAUCGUACGAGACGACUUAAUUCGGGAUCUUAUCUUUUCUCUUCUUUCUUAACAACUUUCUUCUUCCUAAUGUCUCCCGAUACUGUAUCACUAGUCUUCCACCUCUGGGUUGCGAGU